AUGUCCAACUUAAAAACGGACUCUGGUGUUAAAUGCAAUGCCAUGUCCUCAUCCACACUGCAGUGUAGAGACCCCAAUGCCCAAAUUGAUCAGUCAAAUAAAGUAAACCUGAUAACUUACAGCAGUCAAACAAUUCAGACACUGGUCACUGCUAUCCUGGCUCUUUCAAAGGGCAAGUUGUUAUUCCAGAUAGUGGAUAGAAAUGUUAGAAUCCUGUUAGGCUUACCGUACAGCAUUUGGUUAAAUCUCAUCCAACUCAGCCCAGAGAUACAUGCUGUACAACUGCAGGCUCCUGAGAUAACUGAUUACGAGAACCUAUUUCGUACCGACCCUAUUGGUAAGUCACGUAUCACAUGUUCCUGGAUGAAUCAGUGCAUCCCACUAUGUGUGCCCCCUGAAGGAUCCCACUGGUUAUGA